UCUGGUGUCUGUCUGUGUGUGUAUGAGUUCUCAUAAGCCAACUCAGCUCUGAGGGACAUUGUGAUUAAGCGGCUGAACUGAUCUCAUUGACAUUUCAGAUUAUCACUCUGCAGGGCUCGUCUGCCUUCUUAUCUCCUUCCUCUGCAAGGGUCUAUGUCACUGAUACAGGAUUAAGAUAGCCCUUUACAGUAAGUAAGUGAUGAUGAUGAUGGUGAGUGAUGACUGUCUGGUGGAGUGUAAGAUCGAUGACGACAGUGAUGAGUACGAUGACAGAGAAGGAGAACAGAUAACCACGCCUCCUCCUCCUCCUGAGUUUGCAUCAAAAGUCCCGACUCCAGCGUCCAAACCUCCAACCCCUUCCACGGCCCCUGCUACGCCCACACCGACCCAUACACCCACAUCCACCCGUACGCCAUCACCCACCCUUCCGGUCAACAGGGACCCUCAUGGCAUCAACCAGCACCUUAAGGUAGAGGUCAGUGACGUACUGGCAGAGCCCGCCACACCUCAUAGCAUUGAUCGAGUGUGGCUUCACAGCGUGGUUGGCUUUGAGAAGACUCGCAUCUGGACGUACCGCUGCCUCUCCUUGCUGUUUGCAGUUCCUUUAGCUCUUCUUUGUGGAAUCUCACUGGCCAUUCUCGCCUGUCUACAUGUCUGGUUUGUGGUGCCUUGCAUACAGCUGAGCACCACCUUCCUUCCCUGCCUGCGGUCUUUAUGUAUGUGUGGUGUUAAUGUUUUUAUCACUCCCUUCUGUACAUCUCUUGCUCUCUGCUGCAGCCAAAUUGGCGUAACACUGUCGAACAAGGACUACCAUCAAAUGAGAGACAAAGAGACUGCAUGAAUGAGAGACAUAGCGAGUGUUAUCGAGUGACUGAAUAAGUGAGAGAGAGAUUGAUUAUUUUAUAAAAAUGUUCAUGUGUCUUUUUUUGGUUUUAUAAUUGGCAUGGUUCCGCAAUUUUUUCAUGUUAAUGCUGUUUGAUAUGUUUUAUAUGUGUAAAGUCAGUUCAUAG